CGCGCGCUGGCGGCGAGGAGCGGGCGGCGACAUGGAGGGCGGCUCCGGGCGGUUAAUACAGAAAAGUGUUAAAAUUGCAGCUGGAGCUGUUGUUUGCGUUGAAAGUGAAAUCAGGGGAGAUGUAACUAUUGGUUCUAGGACAGUAGUUCAUCCUAAGGCUCGCAUUAUCGCAGAAGCAGGACCAAUCGUCAUUGGAGAAGGGAACUUGAUUGAAGAACAAGCAUUUAUUAUUAACAGCUAUCCAGAAAAUCUCGUGCCUCAAAAGGAAGAUAUUGAACCUAAAGCUAUGACCAUUGGAACAAACAAUGUAUUUGAAGUUGGGUGUCAUUUUGAAGCUCUGAAGAUUGGAGAUAACAAUGUAAUUGAAUCUAAAGCAUAUAUAGGUAGAAAUGUUAUCCUUACCAGUGGCUGUAUUAUUGGAGCCUGCUGUCAUGUAAAUUCCUGUGAAGUUAUUCCAGAAAAUACAGUUAUCUAUGGGGUUGAUUGUAUGCGAAGAGUCCAGUCAGAAAGGCCACAGCCACAAACGCUGCAGCUUGAUUUCCUUAUGAAGAUCUUGCCUAAUUAUCAUCACCUGAAGAAAACAGUGAAGGGAUGCUCCACCCCAAUAAAAAGCUGAAGAGGACUAGAAUGAGUUCGGCAGAGGCGUUAAUUUAUGUUGGUAGAAUAUUCUCCUAAAAACAGCAGCCCUUGCUGAAGUAGGAGAAACAAUUGCACGGAAAACUUUAUCCUGAAGUGUAUACUGUAUCCUUUGCAUUAAAAUGAAAAUAUAAUUGAUUAAAUCAUAACAAAAUGUUAAAUAUGUAUGCUUUACUCAGUACCUAUUCGGUUUUUUUACACAAUUUAGUUAACCCCAUUCCUUUAAAGUAAUGAUGUACAUAAUAUUGCAGUCUUGUUUUAGACAAAAAGGUAACUUUACAAAGAACAUUACAAAAUAAGUCUUCAGCUUAAAAUUGUAUCAUUUAUAUUAAUUGGAUAAAAUUAGUAAUUCUCCUCCACCCUCCCCGAUCAGUUAUGUUUAUGAAGAAUCAGCUGCUCAAACGCCACAAUUCAACAAAUAUAUUUAACGUUAGUUCCUGGAUUCUAUUUUCAACGGAGUUAUGUUUCUGGUUUAAAUUUGAUCAAGCAAAAAAUCAUUAUCACGACCUAAAAGCAUCCACCCUGAUUAUGAAGAAUGAAAGUACUUACAAUGUAUGAGAUCUACUUCAUAAUAAACUUUGAACACAUUUCAUUGAU